CUGUACCUUUCACCCUCCAACCUCCCUUCACUGGGAGCUCCCCUGGCCACUCGUGAACUGCUCCUGUAUUGGCUGGAAGCCGCCUAUAUUCUAGAAUCUUGUCCCCUCACGUCCUUGUGGUUCUAGAAUCCCACCGCUCUUCUGGGCUCUGCACUCUCAGAACCUGAGGGGGGCCGGCUGCUUCUCCUGGGCGGUGCUGGCUCGCUCAGGUUCCACUGGCUGACUGGCGUCUACACUGCCGCCAGGAUGCGCUGGCGGGACCGACUGGCUGUGCUCUUCUUCCCAGAAGGCAUGGUGCUCACUGUGGCCUCACUGAUGCUCUUCUUCAUACACCUGAGUGUCUUCGCCAGCGACGUGCACAAAUUCUGUGUCACCCACCACUAUGACCGCAUGAGCUUCCACUACACGGUUGUCCUGAUGUUCUCCCAGGUGAUCAGCAUCUGCUGGGCCGCCAUGGGGUCACUCUACGCGGAGAUGACGGAAAACAAGUUUCUUCGGUGCUUUGCCCUGGUCGUCCUGAUGCUAAAUGGAGCCAUGUUCUUCAACCGGCUGUCCCUGGAGUUUCUGGCCAUCCAGUACCGGGAGGAGAACCACUGAGGCCUGAGGACCGAGCUGAGAAGGGGGAAGGAAAAAGAGGCUUCGGGGUUUUAAUAAAGUCUGUCAUUUAUUUCCA